AUGUCAACAAAAACGCCUAUUCAACCAGCUCAGGGUGAGCCAGCCCCCGAGAUUCCUGAUGCCCGAACCCACAACGAGACACCGACAUCGUUAUCCCUGGGCACAACUGAAAUCAACCAUACCUCGCAGGAGCAUCUAGCCCCAGACCAGUCACCCUUCACUACCCCUAUCAUCUCGAAUCCAUCUCAAUCUAUUCAAGAGCCCAACGUACGGUCUCCUUCGCCUCCCAUGCCCCCCACAGUUGCCCUCGAGCCCACGCCCCCCACCGUCAGCAAUGUUAUCACUAUCUCGCCCGGGUCCACUACGGAGGAUUCCACACCUCCACCUCCACCCCCAGAAAUGAAGCCGCCUUCGUCUUCUCUACCUAUAACCCCUUCAAAACCAUCCCUUUCGAUCACAUUGCUCCUCAUAUCUGGUGUGCGCCAUCAAUUCCUUAUAAACGAGCCCUACCUAGAGUCGCAUUCAGUUAUUGGUGGAACGGGGAAGGACUCAUUAAAAGACCCGUUCGAGAUGAGUGUAUGGCAGUUGAAGGAGUGUAUUUGGAAGGAUUGGCAGGACGGUAGGUUUUCUUUUCCCCUCUUGGAUUCAGUCCCCGUCUUUCACCAAUAGUGCUAGAGCAAGCCACUAACCCACUUUGACCCCGCACGCAGAAUGGGAUCAGAGACCAGCAAGUGCUCUGUUUAUAAGGCUCAUCCAUUUUGGACGAAUGCUUGAUGACAAGCAGCAUUUGAAAGGUACCAAUUACUUCCCCUAUGUUAAUUACCCCCAUUGUACCCGAGUUGCUCGAGUGUCUGUUUGGAAGGUGGAGUUUCUCACGACCAAAAUAAUAGACUGCAAGCUCAACCAGGAUUUGCCAAACGUCGUUCAUAUGACCAUCCGUCCAGCAGAAACCGGAGACGACGAAAUGACCCAGCGUAGUGCCAAGGUUGGGUUCGGGUCAAGGCAAAGAGACGAUCAGCGCUCCCCGAGAUGCCGAUGCGUUAUCUUGUGAGGAUUCAGCGGAAAUGGGGGAGAUAUGGGAGGAAUUGGGGUCGAUAUGGUUGCCGUAAUUCUCGUUCGACGGGCCGGAUGGUGGGCAACCGUGGGUGGGGAGAUGUCAAAAUUUAUAAACCAACACUGGAAAAUGUUUCCUAAUGAUGGCCGGCUUAAACAGUUGUCUCGUUGUGUGCAUAUAUGCGCUGUCUGCUGCUACGCUUUCCCUUUAUUCCUUUGCAUUCCUUUUAUUUCUUGCGUAUGGAGUUUGUGUUGACUAUCUUUUUCCUAUUGCCGCAAAGUCAUGGUAAUCUAUUCUUUGCCUCGUGUUCCAACACCUUUUCCUUGUGUUUUUCCUUGCUAUGCGCCUUCCCCUGCGCCUUUCACUGCACCCGUUUUAUUAUUAUUACCACGUUUGAUUUCGGGAAAUAGUUGUGGCAUUAUCAGGAGUUGUAGAGCGACUUGCUUUGCAUUACGCAUCCUAA